GAGUAAUAAGGAGUGGGUGAUGAUAAUGCCUCUACACCGACUUCUCUUCAUCUUCAAUCCGCAAACCCUGUUUCAAUUUCUUCUCGGGAUACGUAACCAUGUUUGAUCCUGCUACAGAAUCCACCCAAUCCCAUCGACUCUUUAUGGAUCACCUCAGACGCUCUUCUCCUCUUCCGAAUUCCACUCUUAAACCUAAUCCAAGUUAUGCCACAUAUCAAAAUUGGAACACUGCGGGAGCUCGAUUUGUGGAGGAAGAAGAGGAGGAGUCAUCCGGCGUGUCUACACCUCCUUUAUGGAGGACCAGUCCGCAUACCAGUCCCCAUAACAGUCCGCAUACCAGUCCGCAUCAUCGCCAAAACCACUACCGAUGCCUAUCACCGAAAUCAAAGGCACAAGCAAUUGUCAGAGGACAGAGGGAGUUGAUGGAGAUGGUUAGUAGAAUGCCCGAGUCCUGCUACGAGCUUUCCUUGAAAGAUAUUGUAGAGAAGCCGAUGGUGGAAACGCGACAAGAGAAGCUUGUUCAAGACGGCAAGACGUUCGAUGAAAAUACGCGGAGAGCGGGGGCGAUGGAAAAUAAGAGGAGGAAUGACAAAAACUCACAGAUGAAGAGAAGUGGGAGUGUAGAGAACGGGGGUUUUCUUCUGAAAAUGGCGUUUCCGGCUAGCUUGGGGUCCAAGAAAACGAAGAAGAAGGUGGAUUCUUCGACGGGCAAAGUUUCUCCGAGGCCUUCGGUGUCUGAUGGAUCAGCGAAGGGUGGAGAAAACGAGUGGUGGAAAAAGAGAUUUUCUGCGUCUGUUUCUGAGAGUGAGAGUGGAGAAUACAGUACUACUAACAGCGGAAGCACCAAAAGCACUGGCAGCAGCAGCGGCAGCAGCAGCAGUAACAACAGCAGGCAUGGCGAUGGCGGUUGCUGGCCUUUUAUCCGUUUUACUCAUUAAACUAGUUGAAUAUAGAAGCUGGUUUUUCAGGGUUUGGAGUUUGCCAUGUAAGUAUUUAUCACAAUAAUGUUUGGUAUACAGAACUAUGACAGGAAAAGAAAAACAAAUUGCUGUUUAUAAUGAAUAUCUACAGACUUGGUUUCUUCUUCCUUGAAUGAGAGGUGAUGAGUCUUGUUUAAAUUUGCAGAAAGGAUUCAACUUGAGAAAAUUGUGUAUAAUAUGUAAUUUAUGGGUUUCUUUUUUUCUUUUGAUGAUGAUGAAUGUGGGACAUUACAAGCUUA